AUGAGCGGAACCAAGAAAGACGAUGAUGAAGUGUCGGUGUCGGUGAAAAUCGUUGAGAAACACGUCAUAGAUCCGUCGAAAAUAGAAGUUGCUAGCGUUGCCUACAUGAUCAUUUUCGGCUCAAGCGCCAACAAUUUCGUUGAUGGAAUGAGUAUGGGUGCUGCUUUCUCGGACAGCCUUCUUCGAGGUCUCAGUAUCGGAGUCGCUGUCGUGUCGCAGCAAUUUCCACAAGAG